AUGCAUACGACUAUGUUUUCUGAUGAAGAUUAUCGUGUCCAGUAUCUUGGGACAAAUCCAUCACUUAGUCUGCCCAUAUGGUAUAUGAUAUUGUUUUCUUUCCUUGGUCACAGUCUACUCUUUUAUUCUCUACCAACUUCCAUCACUCCAUUUAUUAAAAGUUAUAUUAUAUCCACUGUUCAUGCCUGUGUGUCGGUCCUUGCCGUGAGCAUAUUCUAUGGACGAGGAUUGGUAGAUUUUACACAAGUCAAUAAAAUACUAGGUGGAGGUAUGGCAGGUACACCGGACGAAACUAUGACAUAUAGUAUAUGUUAUUCAUCAGGUUACUUUAUAUAUGAUCUACUCAUUAUGUUACUUUAUAUAUGA